UCACCCACCUGCACUUCCUCUUAGUUCUGAUGCAUGGCCCCUUUUUAGAAAUGAAUACGUCUCGCUGUUCCUUGCAUGUUGUGCUGUGAAAGUGGCAUAAUGAGGGAAGACAGGGAUAACCCUCUGGCACUGUCAUCCAAGAAACCAUGCCAGGGCCAGAAGGACUAUGGACAGGAGCUAGAGAGGCUGCGUGCUGAUUGGGAAGCAGAGAAGAAGCAAACACUGCAGGCCCUUGGACACCUCUCUGUGGAGCUGAGGCACCUGCGUGAAAAAGCGGAGAGGGAACAGCAGAGGGCUGUGAAGGAGCUGGCGGCCCGGCGAGGGUGCCAAAAGGACAGGCACUCUAACAGAUACCAGUGUCUGCUGGCUAAGGAGGGGAAUAUUAAAGACCGUGGACAAUACACUAAAGUUGAGUCCAAAGAUAAAGAGGCUUUUUGUCUGUGCAGUAGAGAAACAUACACAAAGCUGGAGCAGUUGCUGCUGACGCUGUAUGAGAAGAUAAAUGGUGAGCAGGCAGUCUAUAAAUUGCAUCACAGGCAGGAAUUUGAGCUAGAAAAGGCCGUCUUUCUCUGCCACCUGCUAGAGGCCCAUGGAAGACUGUUGCAGGGGAGGCAGAGAGCAGGACACCCCAGCUUCAUUUUCAACAGUGUGCCAAGAAAGCCAAGUCAUGAAGACGGCAGUAACUCCUGUCAGAAAAAGCCUCUUCUAACCUACUCCAGGGCCUUGCCACAGAGAUUGCAGACUGUCUCCCACUCACCUAAGAAAACCAAACAAGAUCGAAGAGAGCAGCCUUUAGGGAGGGACGUCUGUGCAGCUGAGCUCUGCACCUCCGCUGCAUUCGGGGACACCUGUUGGAGCCGCUCUCUGAAUAUUUGUCACCCUCGCAACGCUCCCCAUGCAGGCUGGGACAACCAGCCCUCCUACUGCGCUGAGUCCUUUGGGUCAAACAAGUCAUCGCCUUCCAAAUGUAUGGAGAGAAACAUGGAGAAUGGUACAGACUAUGGGUUCCUGGUGCGUCAGAACUCUGAACUCUUGCGAGCCCUCGAUGAGCUGGAAAAGACUUGUGCCACACUGAGGGAGGAGAAUGGCCUACUGCGGAAGAGCAGCGCUCCAGAGACUGAGGAGAAGGUCAGGCGGUUGAGGAGAAAGAACACCGAGUUGUCUGUUCUUGCUAAGAGGCUGGAAGAGAGGGCUCGAAAACUGCAGGAGGCCAACCUCAGAGUGGUGAAUUCCCCGUCACUGAUGAGACCCGGGUCAGUGGAACAGUACAAGAGGGCGUUCGCCCGUCAGCGAGCUCGUGAUCUUGCCCAGCACGCCGAUGCACUGCUGUCUAAGGACAAAGAGAUUGCUGCCCUACAGCAAGAGUGCAGAGAGCUGGAGGCACGCCUGGGCACCACCAAGGGCUCCCCUGUUCCAUCUGGCAGAGUGGAAUUUGAGAGGCUUCUCAGGGAGUCUCAGAGGGAGGUGCUGCGGCUCCAAAGGCAGCUAUCGGUCACAUCAUCCAGACAGCAGCACAACCAUAGUCCCGACCCCGGUGGCCUGGAGAAGUGUGGCGAAAUUGAGGAAGAGGAGGAGAAGAAGGAGGAGGAGGGGGAAGAGAAGGUUGUAGGAGAGACCCCGUGUGUGGUAUUAGAUGAAGCUCCAUCCAGGUGUGAGAAGACUCCCGGAGAGGAGGAGGAGUCGGGGCUGCAAGUAACGCCCCAACCGGGCCUUAGCCCGACCCCCUCUCAUAAGGAGGAACACACAGAGGAGCAGCACCUACAGUUUCUGGAAAGUGAGCUGAGCAAGAAGAGAAAAGAAUGUGAAAACCUUGAGCAUGAAGUAAAGAAGCGACAGAAGAGAUGUCUGGAUUUGGAGAGCCAGCUUGAGGAUGAGCGAGGCAAAAAUGAGCAACUAAAGGAGGAGGCAGAUCUCCUCAGGAGGAAGGCACAGCUGCUCGACCAGGCUGAGAAUGAGGAGCUGAGGGAAGACCUCUCUGAAGUGACUGCUCAACACAAUUCAGUUCUCGAGGAGAACCAGAGACUCCGUGCCAAACUGGAGAACCUAGAGCAGGUCCUAAAGCAUAUGCGAGAGGUCGCCGAGCGAAGGCAGCAGCUGGAAUUGGAACAUGAGCAGGCACUGGCUAUCCUUAAGUUCAAACAGGAUGAAAUCAAACGGUUACAAAGGGCUCAGUUAUACGCCAAGAGGGAGCAUGAAGGAGUGGUUCAGAUGCUGGAGGAUUUGACCCAGCUUGUGUUGCGGAGGGAGCUGUCAAAAGUACGAGACCUGGAGGACAAAUGUCGCAGCCAGAGUGAACAGUUUGGCUUGCUGUCCCAAGAGUUGGAGAAGUUUCGACUGCAGGCGUCGAAGGCGGACCUGGCCGACGCUAGCCUCUUUAACAAUCCCAGCCUCUCUGUUCUGACCAAUGGGGUAGGCCUGACUACAGAGCGAGACUGCACUGGUGGCUCAUGGGAUAUGGUGUCUCUGGGUGAAAUAGCCUUCUGGAGUCUCGAGGGAGGUGACACUCUCUCCUGCCCUGAGGAUGUGGCGGCUGCACUGCGGCUUGGGGCAACCCCCCAUGCUGCAGGGCUCUCCAGGGUGGAGCGCUCGCCCGUCACCAAGCAUCGAGAGCUGCCCACCAUCAGUGUCAGCAAGUCAGGCUCUUCUUCCAGCAAGUCAGAGACCACGCACCUCACCCCCAAGUCUGACACCCACCUCAGUCCGCACAAAUCCAGCCCAACACAUGAGGUGGACACUGCCAGUGAAGUGGAGGAGCUGGACAUUGACGUAGCCCCGGCACCUUACGCAGCCAGCAGAGGAGCAGCAAAGCUUCAGGUUUUCAUUGCGAGAUACAGCUAUAAUCCAUAUGAUGGCCCCAAUGACAACCCUGAAGUGGAGCUUCCACUUACUGCUGGAGAAUACAUUUAUGUGUAUGGAGACAUGGAUGAUGAUGGCUUCUAUGAAGGUGAGCUGAUGGACGGACGGAGAGGGCUGGUCCCCUCUAACUUUGUGGAACGUGUAUCGGACGACGAUGUCCUGAGCACUCAGCAUCCAGAGACGGGGGACAUGUCCCAUAACUCCCUGCUAGACAGCAGCCUGCACAGUGCCAGCCACCAGCAUCACCUCCACAUGGGCGUCAGCGCCUCAGAAAGGACAGAAGCCUCUGCUGCCUCUGGCCCUGCCUCAGCCCCCUCAGAUUCAGCAUCGGCCUUGGCUGUCCCAGCCCCCCUCACCAACGGCCUAGACUUGGAUUUGGAGGAGGUGGGAGUGGACGUUGUGCCUUACCCACGUAAGCUUACCCUCAUCAAGCAGCUUGCCAAGAGCAUCAUCAUCGGCUGGGACCCUCCGCUGGUGCCGGCUGGCUGGGGCAAUGUGUGGAGCUAUAAUGUGUAUGUGGACCAGGAGCUGCGGCUCAACGUGCCCUUCGGUGCCCAGACCAAAGCGGUUCUGGAGCGGUUGGACAUAAACCUCAAGGCCUACCGUGUGUCAGUGCAAAGCCUGACCGAGAAGGGCCCCUCAGACCAGCUGCGCUGCAGCAUGCUGGUCGGUCGGGACGUUUGUGUGGCGCCCACGCAGCUGCGUGUGGAGAGGAUCACCGCCACCUCUGCCAACCUGACCUGGCUGCCCAGCAACAGUAACUAUGUGCACAUUGUGUCCUUGAAUGAGGAGGAGUGUGAGCUGGUGAAGGCUGGCUGCUGCUCGCUGUGCCUCAAUAACCUCUUGCCCAGCCUGCAGUACACAGUCAAAGUGGAGGCACGGCCGCACCGCACGCCAUGGGAGUUACCUGUGGAGCGACGCGAGCACAGAAGCGCUACGAUCACCUUCACUACACUGAUGGCAGGCCCCCCUGAUGCUCCUCUGGAUGUACAGCUGGAGCGUGGCCCCUCCCCGGGCAUUGCCCUCAUUAGCUGGUUGCCAGUCACUAUAGAUGCUGCCGGGACCUCUAAUGGAGUCCGUGUCACUGGAUACACUAUAUAUGCUGACAAGAAAAAGGUGCUGGAGGUGUCUUCCCCAACAGCCGGCAGUGCCCUGCUUGGCCCCUCUCAGAUGCAGUCCCUGCUGGCAGUUCAGGAGCUCACUGUCCGCACCACGUCCGCCCACGGGGAUUCCUGCCACUCUUUGCCAGUCAAUGUGCCCUCCAAGCUGGCUGCCAUCAUGGCAGGUCCAGUUAUCACUGCCCAAGUUGUGCCACCUGGACCCUGCACUCCUACAGGUUGCGGUAACCUGCCCUCACAGCCGUCCUACGGGAACUCUGCUGCCAAAGUCUCCAUGCUGCCCAGCACUUUGCCAUCAGACACAAACAUCACUGGCCUCACAGUGGAGGCUGAUGCCAACCCUACUCAUGCAAUCCACUCAGAAAAUCUUCUUUUAUCUGCGUUAUAUGCGAAGGCCUGGGCCAACCCCUCUUCUGCUGCUGCCUUGGCCGAGUGUGAGGCCAUAUUACCAUUAGCCUCCACCAUUACUCCAGUGGUUAAUGUGACCUCCCCCACCACAUCGCCACCCCAACCAUCUCCAGUAGCAGCAACUGCACAAGCAAACGUAACGGCAGCAGCAGUGUUGGAGCAGCGCAGAGACACCAACAGCCCUGACACCAUCCGUCCUUUCCCAUCUAUGAGAGAGUUCAUCGAGGACCCCAGUGCCAAGGCCGGGAUCCCUGAGCGCAUCCCGACCCCACCCAAAGCCCCCAUCUCAGACUUCCUUAACCCUCAGAACCUCCUCCGACCCCCCAGCACCUCCCCGCUGGAAUCCGAGGCGGAGGAGGAGCAGGAGAAUACCCGCCUGGUGUCCAUCGAAGAGUUCUUGAGACAGGACCAAGAGCCAGCGUACUGGACGAAGCAGCAGAGUUAUAGCAGAGGGCUUGUGGAGCCUCCCAGUGACUAUCACGCAGACAACAGCCGUUCAGAUCUGUCUGACAUCCUGGAGGAGGAGGAGGAGGAGGAACUUUACUUUGACCAUCUCGGCGAAGCACAGGCCAGGGGCUACACAGUCAGAGCUAACAGGGAGCCUAGCCAAAUCCCUCCCGCUGAGGCAGGUCAACCGUGGGGAACCCAGGGUGAGCUCUCUUCUAAACCAGCAUGCUUGCAGGCCAGGCAACCUAAAGGUACUGUUGAUUCACCAAAGACCAAAGGAAACAGUGACAUACGUAUCUUUGUGGCCCUCUUCCCUUAUGAUCCUGCCACUAUGUCGCCCAAUCCUGACGCUGCUGAGGAAGAGCUGCCCUUCACUGAAGGACAGAUCAUCAAAGUGUACGGAGAUAAAGACGCAGACGGGUUCUACCGAGGCGAGUCUGCCGGGCGCCUGGGCUAUGUUCCAUGUAACAUGGUGUCGGAGAUCCAGGUGGAGGAUGAGGAGACCCGGCAGCAGCUGCUGCAGCAGGGCUUCUUGUCCACAGCGGCCUCCAUGGAGAAGAUAGUGGAGUCUGCGACACUCUGGGAGGAGAGCGUAGACUCCUCCAGCCAAGAUCCCAGCCAGACUGCCCCUGCUGCUGCCGCAGCAGCUGUGGGAAACCCAGCCCCAGGAGCCCGCAGGAUGGUCGCCAUCUUUGAUUAUGAUCCACGAGAGAGCUCCCCCAACACUGACAUAGAGGCUGAGCUGACCUUCAGUGCAGGAGACAUCAUACAUGUGUUCGGUGACAUGGACGAAGAUGGCUUCUUCUACGGAGACUUGAAUGGACACAGCGGCUUGGUGCCCUCCAACUUCCUGCAGGCCGUACCAGAGGACACUCCCUCUGCUCAGUCAGCACCAGAAGCCAAGAAAGAAUCCCAGGGUACCUGGACGUCUUCUACAGAGCAACAACAACAACAACAACAACAACCUGGGCCCUCGACCCUAGAAGAGAGCUUGCAGCUCCAAACAGAACCUCCUGUCCCUGACCCAAUGGAGCACACAGACCUGCGACCCAAACUGGAACCCACUGCAAGCCUCACGUCAGACCUGGAACCUGCUCCAGGUCCAGCAGCAGUGGAGGCCUACUGCUCCCCUCCAGCCCCCCUUCCAGCAGAUAGCCCAACACAGACGGACUGCUCUGCACAAGGCAAGAAGAAGAAAGGCUUUUUCUCCAAAGGCAAGAGGCUGUUCAAAAAGCUGGGAUCCAGCAAGAAAGAAUGAGUCAGGACAUCUGACUCGGAAUACUUUGCAUCACAUUGAGGCACUUUUUUCUAUCUUCACGUUUAGUCUCAGUGGGUGUGGUUCGUGGCCAUCAGAUCUAAUAACCGAUGCUUUAACCGUCACUAAUUAUACAUUUGCCUUAGAGCACUGCUAGCGGCUGUUAAAUUUAGAGUACAUCAACACACCGCUUACAGCAUUGUACGAGCAUGUAGAAGUGCAUGUUGAAGUGUGCAAGCACACAAAUAUAUUCUCUAAAUACUACCUAACUAUCUAAGCAUUUGCAAAUGUUCAACUCAAUAGAGGCGUUAAUGCUCGAUAUACAAACACUUAGUUGUCUCUCAAUGGAUCGGUUUUAACAAUCUGAUACAGAACGGUAUUGAACAGCGGACGAGACUUCAGCCCAGCUCAGACACAGCUAAUUAAAUAUUAGCUUUAAUGUUCAUGUACUGGUGCCACUUUAUUUAUUUGAAGCGAACGAACUGAAGCAGCAGUCUAUCUCUUCCUCUGUGUCACUAUAAAGAAUGCACUAUCCAUCCUGAACGGAUGUAUUUGAAAUAUCUGUCCGCUUGUCCCUCCCGUGUUUCUUGUCUUUAAGAAAAUGUAUACAGUACUUUGUACAGAACAUGUUAUUUAUUUGUAUUACUCUUGCCCUAACCAUCAGCACAUUGCAUGAAGUGACAUCUGGGCAGGAGGUUAGUCAUCUAGCGCUGUCAGAGACAGCAGUGAUCCACUUUGAUACGUGUAGUUUAGAUCAAAGUAGUUAUAGGGUUUGAGGUUAACAGUCAAGACUAUUUAUUGAAGGUAAAGAAUAUGAAGGGUUGCCCUUCUUUGGUGUGUGUGUGUGUGUGUGUGUGUGUGUGUGUGUG